AAAAUGUUCGGUGCAGUAGCAGGUUCUUCCGGAAUUAGUGGAAGAUUUAUUACCAGCAAUUGUAAUUCUGUGUUGCGAGUUUUUCGCAUCUGCCUUCCUUUCCCUUCUACCAACAGUGGAGAUCAUUCUGAUUUUUACAGGGAUGAGUUUAUUUCUUGCUCCGCAAAAACAAAUGGAUUUUAUAAACCAACAAAAACAAGGGAUUCCCUUGGAGAUAAGUCAACAACAUCAACGCCUAACAAAUACUUUUCACAUCAAAUUUCAACAGCGAGUAGUACAUUAAGCAGUAGAGUAACAAAUACAGAUGAUGGAACAAAUAAUUGUGAAAAUAGAUUAACACCCGAUUCUUAUGGAAGUUUGCACUUAAAACUUGAUUAUGAUUUCACUUCUAGUAAAUUAUCUGUGACUAUUCUAGAGUGUAGAGAUUUACCAGCUAUGGAUAGAAAUGGAAUGAGCGAUCCAUAUAUAAAAUUGACUAUAUCGCCAGAACGAAAGCCCAAAUUUGAGACACGAAUAAAGAGAAAUAGUUUGAAUCCGGUCUUUAAUGAAACAUUUGUUUUUAAAAUCCCUUUCCCUGAACUUGGCCGCAAAACUUUAGAACUUGUUGCGUUUGAUUUUGAUCGGCUUUCUAAGGAUGAUCAAAUUGGUCAGAUUUUAUUGCCAUUAAACACAGUUGAUUUUGGCCAAACAAAUGAUAGAUGGACCAAUUUUGAGGCUCCCCAUGAAAUUGAAGAAUCGGAAUCCCGAGGUGAUAUUUGUUUCUCAACACGUUAUAGACCAGCAACAGGAACACUAACAGUUACAAUAAUGGAAGCUAGAAAUCUUAAGAAAAUGGAUGUUAGCGGUUCUUCAGGUAGAGAAAGAAAUAAUUUUACAAUAAUUUUACAAGUGUUACCAGAAUAUCUGAAUUGUAAACUUAUUUGUAAUUACAAUUAG